AUGUCUUCUCUCGUUAUUGAUAGCUUAUUUGGCGUCAAGGGGUAUAUCGCGGUUGUGACAGGAGGCAGCAGUGGCCUCGGUUUUAUGAUUGCCAAAGGACUUGUAACAAACGGCGCCAAAGUGUACCUCGUUGCUUUACCAAGUGAGCCCAUUGAGAAGAAGGUGGCGGAGCUCAACGAGCUUGGCAAGGCAACUGGAGGAUCUGCUCACGGAAUACCCUGCGAUGUUUCUAAUAAAAAAGCCAUCCAGGAUCUCGCCGCUCAAGUGAGCCAGCAAGAACAUCAUGUUGACAUGCUAAUCUCAAAUGCUGGUAUAAGGCGAGAUCCACCUAUCCAAUGCAAUGUCCUGAAGGCAUCUUUGUCCGAAUUGCAGGCUUCCAUGUGGUCUUCUCAACACUCGGACUGGGCUGACACAUUUUGCGUCAACACCACGGCCCACUAUUUUCUUUCCGUGGCCUUUCUCUCCUUACUGGAGGUGGCAUCGCAGCUGGAACUGCCGAAUGGCAGACUCGGUCGAAGUGAGGGUCGCGGAGUGGUUGUCAUGACCAGUUCGUGCGCAAGCAUGCACAACGUGACAAACGUUGAUCUGACGAGUUAUGCCACAAGCAAAGCCGCAACUGAUCACCUAGUCAAGCUAUUAGCAGCCAAGUUCAGCCGUUUCUAUGUACGAGUGGUGGGAAUCAACCCAGGAUUUGUUCCAAGUAACAUGAACCCCAUUGGGGAGGAAGGAAACGUCUUCAGUGCCCUUUUCGACAAAGUCCCUGCCAAGAGAGCAGGGAUCGAUGACGAUAUUGCUGGCACUGUCCUUUAUCUCGUCAGCCGUGCGGGAAGCUAUGUCGAUGGGAUAUCGCUUUGUGUUGAUGGAGGUCGCGUUCUGCUUGCCAAUGGUCAAGAAUGA